AUGGAGUCCUUUACUGACCUCCUCAUCGUCGGCGCAGGACCGGCCGGUCUUAUGCUGGCGGCAUGGGCGAGCCAAUUCAAUGUAUCAGCACGUCUCAUCGAUAAUCAAGCCGAACGAACUGGAAGCGGGCACGCCGACGGUCUACACUCGAGAACGCUAGAGAUCCUGGACUCAUUUGAUGUGGUAGAUGGAGUGCUGAAAGAUGCUUACCGUGUCAACGAGCUCGCUUCCUGGAACCCAGACCCACAUAAUCCGAAUUAUGUUAAGAGGACAGCACGACUUGCCGCACAACCGCACGAUCUGAGUCGCUUUCCGCAGGUCAGCCUCAAUCAGGGACUAACGGAACAGGUGCUACUGGACUAUUUAGAUCGGACGGGAAGGGUCAGGCUUGAACGAUCAACGAGGCCUGAAUCUCUCGUUGUUGAUGAUGGGCUAUGUGACAGCGACGAGGCACACCCUAUCACUCUGACCAUCCGCAACACCGCCAACGGAUGCGCCGCCGAGACCGUCCGAGCCAAAUACGUCGUCGGCUGCGACGGCGCACACAGCUGGGUGCGCAAGCAGCUUGGCAUUAGAAUGGAAGGCGAGCAUACCAACAAGCACUUUGGUGUCAUGGACAUCGUGCCUUUGACGGACUUCCCUGACAUUCGCCUCUCAUGCAUCAUCCACUCCAACUGCGGUAGCAUCAUGACCGUGCCACGCGAACAUCGCCUUGUUCGUCUGUACGUGCAAUUGGGCGAGACGAAAGCAGGUGAAAGGUCUAGCGCUCAGUCCGCCACUCCCCAAACCAUCCUUGACCAGGCGCGGUCGGUAAUGCGGCCGUACAGUCUUGACUUCCGGAUAUGCGAUUGGCAGUCCGUCUACACUAUCGGACAGCGAGUCGCUUCACGCUUUAGCUACCGGGAUCGCAUCUUCCUAUGCGGUGACGCGGUGCAUACGCACUCGCCGAUGAUGGGCCAAGGCAUGAACGUGAGCAUGCAAGAUUCCUUCAAUCUCGGCUGGAAGCUGGGCUCGGUUUUGGAAGGGUCUGCGAAGCGCGAGAUCCUGACCACUUACGAAGCUGAGCGGAGAAGUAUCGCUCUGCAGUUAAUUGAGCUUGACCGGGAGAUGGCGGAGUUCUACUCACACGGACCGAGCGAGCAAAGCCGGGAGUAUCAGAAGUACAGAGAAGGCUUCGGGAGGUUCCUGAGCGGCGUCGCCGUUAAGUAUGGGCCGGGUCAGCUGGUAUCGCAAUCUCUGUCGAUUACGAAAGCUAAGUCGAGCACUAACGGCGCAGCCUGCUCGCAUGCUAGCGUGACUAGCGAUCCAGAGCGCGCGAAAGGCGUCACAAUAGGCCAGAGAAUGCCGUCGUUGAAGGUUGUGUGUCAGGCUGAGGCGAACGUCAUCCACUUGGCGGACGUCCUUCCUAGUAACGGCAGGUGGCGAGUUGUAGUGUUUGCCGGCGACCUGACUACUCCACAACAAUGGGAGAAAACACAGGCUCUUGGCGAGUUGCUGGGCAAGGUCUGCCGGCGAUAUACAGGCGGAGCCGAACGGACACAUUCGGCUAUUGAGGUGCUUCUGAUCCACUCCGGGGCCCGGACAGCUUUCGACAUACUCCGGCUGCAUGAUGUCUACCACCCCUGGGAUGAGACGCUGGGGUGGGACUAUUGGAAGGUAUUCGCAGAUGAUGCCGGCUCUAUGGAUCCAGGGUGCAAAGAUAGCCAGGCUUACCAUGGGUAUGGCGUCGAUAUGCAUACGGGUUGCGUCGUCGUUCUUCGGCCCGAUCAUCACGUGUCCUAUAUUGGCAGUCUCGAAGACGGUAAGGACAUCAGCACGUUCUUCGAAGGCGUACUGUUGCCGCAACGAAAGUCGCAGCAUGAAGUCAAUGACGGAUCGAACCCAUGA